CUAAAUAAAUACAUUUUUAAUGAUUUACCUCAAUGGAAUGCACAGCCUUCAGUUAGUGACAGCAAUGCAGAAAUGGGCGUGGCUAUGUGAUGAUGUCACGUGCAGACAACAGGUGUGAAGGGAGGAGAGGACUCAUUCUUCUCAAGAACUGGAAAGCUUGGGUGACUUCCUUUCCAAAAGUCAGAGUCUUUAGGAAAUAACAGCAACAAAUAAGGCCCAACGAUGGCCAACUUUGGCGGCCAUGCAAUUCCCGGCACCUUUUUCCUGCUGUUUGGUUUGUGGUUGACUGUCAAACACACACUUCAACACUACUGGAAGACGAGGAAAAGCCAAGGAAGACCGGCACUGCCAAUUUUCUUUAAAAGAAUGGACUACAUUGAAGGGGGGCUUAAAAUCUUUGCUUCAUUUGUAGGUAUUAUGGUCGAACAGUUUGUGGUGGAUGGACCCCACGCCCGCCUCUACAACAGAUCAGAACAUUCGUGGGUCAAGCUGAUGAACUGGCAGCACAGCACAAUGUACCUGUUCUUUGGAAUCUCUGGAAUAACAGAUGUUGUUUGCGCGGCGUCCAAACUGGUGCCUGUUGGUGUCAACCACCUUGGUGUCUCUAUAGCUCUUUUCGUUGAAGGGUUUCUGUUCUAUUUCCACGUGCACAAUCGCGCCUCGCUAGAUGCUCACAUCCACACGCUGCUGCUCGUGGCCGUGUUUGGUGGCUCAGCCAGCAGCAUGUUGGAGGUUUUCAUCACAGACCAUAUUAUUUUGAAAAUGCUUGGAGCAUGUCUGUUCUUCCUGCAGGGCACGUGGUUCUACCAGGUUGGAUUUGUACUUUAUCCUUUAACAGGACCGCAGUGGGACUUGGAAUUGCAUGCUAAUAUCAUGUUCGUCACAAUGUGUUUCUGCUGGCAUUUAGCCGUGGCCAUGUUGGUCGUUUCCAGCAUUUCCUCGUUCGUUUGGUGGACAAUGAAGCGUUUCUCGGUAAAUGGACGGAACGUGGAGCUUGGAAUGCGAAGCACCUCCUCCAGCUCAAGCACCAAGAAAGCUUUACUUGAAGAGUCUGAUGAGGAGUAAUCAUCUUUUAAGACACUGCACCAUGUACUUGUUGUAUAGAAUAAAAUCUGUGUGAUUUCUUAAGUCUUUUACAUAAAUGACUUGACAUGUACAAGUCUUUGUCAAAAUACAAGGAUUAAAAACACUGCAUUAUAGUAUCAGCUUUAUUGUUCAGACAAAUCAACUGCUUAAUAAAGACAGAAUUAACAGGGAUGAGGAAAGUUUAAUUAGUAGUUUUGUGUAGUCAACAUCCGCUUCGAUUAAUCGGUUGGUUGAGAUCAACACUAAUUGAAAAACCUGCAGCAGCGCCAAUCAGAGAGGUGUUU